AUGGAUGGUAGCACGAUAAGGUGGGUACAUGACAAGCUCCAAGAGGCGGCCUUGGGGUUUAGAGGUGAUGUUAGUGCAUCCAUAAAAUUUGACAUCGGGACAACUCUAUACUACCGCUUGAGACCAAAGGAGCUUGAAGAUGAUCUUUUCAAUGUUGCAGACUUGAUCAAUAAUGGAAACCUGAGAAGACGGCCCGACUUUGCGACUAUGAACAUGAAAGCUGCAGAGAAAGCGAGAUGCAUCAGUGCUUUUGAAUCUGCGAGGAACUACGCAAUUCACGGAUUAAGGCUCCUAUCAGAUAAACGAUGGGUCGACAAUCGCCCAUUGACGCUAAGACUUUACACUUUGGCGGCAGAAAUGGAGAUGAUCUUGGGAAAUGUCGAAAUGGCUGCAAAGUAUCGAGAGGAUAUACUGAAUUAUGGUAACUUUUCAAUAAUGGAGACGCUUCCACUCAAGUUGUCUAAGGCAAAGUCACUGUCGGAAGUAGCCUUGAAGUUUGAAGAGGCGGUUGCCUAUGGUCUGGCUGUAUUGAAAGAACUUGGCUGCAAGCUAGUUCUAAGCAAGAGUUUGGUCCCAGCACAGGCAAUUGUGAAGCUGAUGCUCGUACUUUCGAAGGUCAAGAAGCUGGAUGCGCAUUCCAUUGCGAGUAUUGGGACAAUGUCAGACCCAAAGGAGAAAGCAAUCGCCUCCAUCCUCGCCUACAUCAAGUAUGCUUCUUACAACAAUGGGAAUAUCUAUCUACAUACAAUUUGUUGUUGCAAACUGAUCGAGAUGACACUGAAAUAUGGGUCGAAUGAGUUUUCAGGUAUUGCUUUCGGGACGCUUGGCUCGACCGUUGUCCUUGUCCAGCAAGACUACGAAACAGCAUUACGAAUCUUUGAAUUGGCGUCUCGCGUCCAAGAGAUGUCCGGAAAUACACGUACAAGCGAGUAUCUCUACUGA